GUCCACGUUUCGUCAUCUGUGUCGGUGGUCUCUUUUGGGAACCUUUGUUGGGAACGAAGCUGAGUGUCAAACUUAGGGUUUGAUGUUUGCCUCAGUGGGGUUUCUGCCGUCGGAGAGAGUUUGCCGUUGUCGUCUUUUCCUACAAUUUCAAACCCAAGUGCUUCUCAGGAUAGUCUUGUCUUCAUAGGAUGUGGGGAGAGGAGUAGCCUUCUCACUCGGGUGUGGUCGGGGGGAAGGGGGGAGGUGACCUCGAUGUUGCUUCUCGCUGGGACUUGGUGGAAACCAAGACUUAGGUUACGCACGCAAUCUUUGAUCACACGGUUCCCGAUGCCAUUUUCGGUGAUCGCACCACUGUUUGGUCGGGAGUGAGAUUAUUGCCCACAUUGGUGAAUGUUGAUUCGCCUCAGAAUCAACCGAAAAGAUUGGGAUAGAUGUGUUUUCGCCGAUUGUGCGUGAAAAUUUUGUCUGCACGUGACUUGAGCUGAGAGUGCGAUAAGAACUCAUGGAUUUUGCCCUUGAGAUGGGCUCAGAUUUUGGAGUAUUUAUUGUUCAACAAGUUUCCUCUACGAACGGACUUCGUUUUCCUGGCCUUUGGAACUCAGAGCAGAGAUAGGUCAUGGGCAAGAGACAGAAGAAGAAACAAAGCAACAGCAGGUCAACCCCACAAUCGCAGAGAGUAGGUGCAUUGAAGAAGGAUACUGCAUCGGUAUCGACUAUGACGCCUGUGCAAUUAUCACUGGGAGAGACAACAGGAGAUGACUCCACUUGUGGAUCUCCUGUUUCGAAAGCUGAGGGAACGGUCUGCCCACACAUUGAGAAUGGAAUCAGCGUGGAAAAGUUACGCGUUCGGUUUACUAUAGCUCCUCUACAGCAAUGCCAGGACUGUCUAAAACGGGUUAGUAAUAAGGGAAAACAAGCUAAAGCGAAAAUAGCGACUAAGGUUCUGUGGAUAUGUCUUGGUUGCGGUCACAUUGGUUGCGGAUCGCACGUAUCGACGCAUCACAUGGAGUCCAGCAUUUGCGUUGUUGGUGGUCCGCAUGCAAGGAAACACUGGACUGAGUCGCAGCACCCUCUUGUAAUGCAAUGGCGUCAGUCUUUGGAUUGCUGGUGUCUUGAAUGCAAGCUGCAGAUGAAGCAUUCAGGUAUUCCUGAUGCACCUAAAAGUUUGAGUUUGGACGAGAGUUCGAAUGCGGCAAGCAAUCUCGAAUUGCUAUACAGAGCAGCAACUGUAUUGCAAGAAAGUUUAUUUGGCCGUUCUAGCUCAUUCAAGGUCCAUCGCAGUGAAUUGCGUCAAGUCGCUGAUGUGGAAAGAGGCCCCACGCCAUUUAACAAGGACGCCGCGCAAACAAUCAGUUUAUCAGGAAGUAGGCGGACGAUCAAGGGGUUGAUGAAUUUGGGAAACACUUGCUUUUUUAAUUCGGUGAUGCAGAAUUUGGUUGGCGUGAGUAUGCUUCGGGAGUAUUUCAGUAAAGAACCAUCUGUACAAGAAGGUCCGUUGAAGGUAGCACUCCGAAAAUUCUUUCAGGAAAUGGAUGUCACUGUUCUUGAUAGAGGAGACGGAGAUGACGACAGUAAGAGUGCAUCAGCCAGAACGAUGAGGACUAGGUCCUUUGGAGCCAAUGUCGGUAAUGCUGUAAGUCCGACAAGACUAUUCUCUGCUAUUUGUGCAAAAGCUCCAAGGUUUAAGGGGUUCCAGCAGCAAGACAGUCAUGAGCUCUUAAGAUGCUUGUUAGAUGGACUGCACAUGGAGGAAGAGAGCGCGCGGAAGGCCCAACUUAGUGCAGAAUCACCCACUGAACCUAAUGGCACAGUGAAAGAGGAAGGAAGCCAUGGAAACCCAAUCAAGGUGCCCGUUACGUUUGUAGAGCACGUGUUUGGGGGUCAGUUUUCAAGCACCGUGUCUUGUUGUGUAUGUGGUCACUCGUCGGUUGUUUACGAGCCUUUUCUAGAUUUGUCUUUGCCAAUUCCGUCGAAACAGGAAAGAAAGGCUGGAUCUAUCAGAGAUCAGUUGUCGAAGUCGAUCUCAGAGCGAAGCCGACGAGGGAAUCUAUCUAGCAACGGAGUUUUAAGCAUCAAACCAGCUGGAUUGUCAUUUUCCACUUCCCAGACAGUAGAUAAUAAACCUGCCAUUAUGGAGGGCUCAACGAAAUCGGAGAAAGAUCCUGUUUCUGGGUGCAGCUUAGAUGGUGGUGCUGAGAACUCCAAAUCCCUUAAUGAACCUGCUUCAUCGGGCUCUGGAGAGGAAAAGGGAGGCUUUCCGACUGGUGACACAGAUCAAACUGGUCAAGCAGUUGAUCCUCCUGUUACCUCUUUGCCCUGUGAAACUGUAUCAAAAGGUGUUGCGUGUUCUAGCGAAACCCAUGUGGCUGACGCAUGGGAAGACCUCGUGGACGGAAGCAUUAAGGGGACUUUCAAAGAGUGUGCUGGUGGUCUGGUAAUGGAUGUUAAACGUAACAAUUUGGAUAACAAAGCAACGACAAGCGGAACACCAGAUGGUCCUCAAUCAAUUCCUGUUGUCGAGACUAAUCCUCUAGAGGAGUCCUCAACCGAGAGUGGAGAAGGAGUAGCUGAGAAUUCACCCAGAGAGAUUCUUUCGCCACAUGGAGUCACAGAUUACCAAGCUGAAGGUGGUGUUGUUGAGCAACUGGAUAAUAGUUGUCAAACGGAUGAGGUCAUCUCUCAGUAUGGUCCUCAGCCUGUGCAUGGCCCUCAGUUACCUGAAGUUCAUGAGCGUUCAGAUGAUAAACAGGAUUGUCUUGAUAUGGUCCCGCCCACUUCUAGUACCCCAGGUACUAGUAAUCGCCCUUUGGAGGUAAAUGACCAAGCAAGUACAUCGACAAGCAAUAGCAAGGUUGCUGUAAACGAUGAUUCCGCGUGGGAUGACGCUGCAUCUGAAUGCAAGUUUAGAGGUCAAAGUAAGGACCCCAGCAGCCUCAGUAGGUCAGGAUCACUUAGGAGUGCUCGUGAAGUGUACACUUAUCCCAUGAUGUCACUUGAAGGCUGUUUGCAGGCUUUCACAAAGACUGAGGUCCUGUCGGGAGAGAAUGCUUGGGGUUGUGAAAACUGCGCCAAGGUUGAGCGUAGUCAGCGGAAUGUCAACCAAACUGAUGCGCUCGAGGAGGAGAAUGUAUGUUGCUUAAAACAAUCACCAGAAACUGAAGGGCAUAGUAACGAAGAUGUGCCAACUUCGAUUAGUAAUACUGAAGCGGCAACCUAUGACACUGAUAGAGAGUGGAAUUUCGUGGAUGAUUUGAGCCAUUCGACUAAUUCUACGAGCAUUGCAGUAGUUUCAGAUGUUAGAGACGUACCUGUUGAAAAGACGGAUCAACAGAACAAUGACAGCAUUAUUGAAUCUUCUGCUAAGGAGAAGUUUUGUCAACUAAAUAGUGAGCAGAAUGGUGAAGUAGCAGCUAGUAGAGUUGAUGUAAAUUUGGCGGAACCCAUCAUUGUUGAGCCCUCAUCGUUGAGCAAGUUGCACGAAGGAGCCAGUUCUAUGCCCCCGCAAUUACAAAGUUUAGAUUGUUUUGAUGAGUCGGCGGGUGUUAGACCUGUUGAAGCAGACGAUUCGCAGAUUUCAAGUCAUCAUAAAGGGAAAGAGGAUAUUGAAGACCCAUAUAUCAUGGUGGAAGGCGCACCUGCAGUCGCAGAUGAAUCCGAGGACGAUAGUACAUCACCUACCGGUAGAAGACGCGGAAAACCUCGCGCUAAAGCAGGUGCAUCCAAGCCUAAGGAGGUUAUUGGAAAGGCCGAGAAGAGGAAGUUGGAGAAUGAUACUUCUAAAGUGGCCACAGUGAAAAGAGAUGCAACUAAAAGGUUCCUUAUUAGUAAAGCCCCACGCGUUCUCACUGUGCAUUUAAAACGAUUUGCCCAAGAUUUGCAUGGGCGACUGAGCAAGCUAAGUGGCCAUAUUACCUUUCAUGAGCAGCUCGAUCUUGGCCCUUUCACAGACAAAGGGGAUGGUACCAAACAGGAUGGCGUGUACCAAUUAAUUGGUACUGUGGAGCACUCGGGAACAAUGCGAGGUGGGCAUUACGUCGCUUAUGUGAAAGGUUCUGUUAAUUACGAGGAGAGUGAGGCAGACGAUUCUCCUAAGGGAGCCUCGACAUGGUACUACAUCAGUGAUUCACAUGUCCGGAAAACAAGUUUGGAAGCCGUGCUGCAAAGUGAAGCCUAUCUGCUGUUUUACGAAAGGCGAACUUUUGAGUAGAGAGCACCUGUCGGUGAAGCCAUUGAACUUUCACCUGGCAGGGCUCCCUAAGGUUCGACCUAAAUGUGUGUGGGUGAAGAUUUUUCAGCCGCAUUGCUAGAGUGGAGUCUUGUAUCUAUUACGCUGCAGAGGAUUGGUGACUCUCAUUUAUAUCCCUUUACUCCGCAGAUGUCUUGGCAUUUGCAAGCCCCGUUAAUGGAAGAAGUCCAAGGAUAUGUUCAACAUCCUUCUAUUAUGAAUUCUGAACUUGUGUAGCAAGUGGGUCUUCCGUAAAAUAUGGCGAGUUUCAGAAAUAGUAAAGAGUGUCGAUCAGGAAAGGUUAGAAACCGCAUUGCAUUAAUCCUAAUUUGUACACAUCAUGGUUUCCCUAACUAAUGAGCAGUUUGUGAGAUGCCCAUCUCGUGCUGAAAAUAUUUUCAAUGCA